UUUUUUUUUACUUUUUUCUUUUUAGUUUAUUUUAUUCUAUGAAUUCUGUCGUACCUCCACUCCCUGAUUCUAAUCUUUCUACUACUGAUCUAUCUUCACCUUCCAUAUCCACACCUCCUUCUCCUUCUACUAACAAUACUACAACUAUCACUUCUGCUGCUGAAGAAUCAUUAUCUGUUUCGUGGCAAAAAGAGUUUUCCCUUUUUUUAGGUGCUAUUGGACUAGACGAAACAAAACAAUGCUUUGAUACUGAACUCUUAGUAUUAUCUCGAUACCAUCAAUCUCAAUUACCACAAGCAUUGGAAUCUCUAGUAGAACGACUCUUGUUGGCCUUAGAACAACACGUCAAUGCAGAAGAAGAGCUCUUAUUGGACCCAUCGGAAGAAUCUUCAAAAAGUAAAGAUUUGUUGUAUCCAAAGAAACGCAAACGACAAACAUAUGAUACAGAAAGUGAUGACAAGACAGACAUCAAGAACGAUGACACCAAGAUGGAUUAUGAAGCACUUGCCAAAAGUAUGGAUCCUGAACAAGUACAAAUCAGAGCAAGCAAUCGUCAAGUACAACAACGUAUCAAUACUUAUAUUCAAGCCAAGCAACAUGAUGUAGAUGCUAGCAAUCGAGCUGAAUUCUUGAACAGAUCUGAUCCAAAAGGGGAAGACGUGACCUGUGCUAGGGCGGAUGCUCGUGAAAUAAAUAGAAAUAUUCAAAUGAAAUUCGACAUUGUCAAUAAUGAAGAUGGUCCUUUGGCUCGAUCGCUUGUUUCGUCCUCAGCAACAAAAGUACAACAACAGCCACAACAACCAACAACUGCGGAUAUGGAAGAACGACUAGGUAAUCUGGAGGCACAUUUGAAUGUCAAAUUUGAACAACACCCUACACAACCUUUUACUUGCAUGGAACGGAUCAAGAUUUUGGAAUCCACUUUGAUUGACAUUGAAAAGAAGUAUCCUACUUGGGCAGCUGUACAUUUCAACCAACCCAAUCGAACCUAUCCUCCACCACCACCUUUGACUUUUAUCACUAGACCAACACAACAAUCACCAACUACUAUCACCACAAACAACAAUAAUAAUACCGAUACUUCAGCAACGAUAUCGAUGCCAACCAUAUCCUCACCAACAUCCUCUUCAUCAAAUGACAAUUAUGUGGCUUCCCAAAUCAUCCCUUCAACAUCAAAACAAUCAUCAUCAUCAUCGUCAUCAUCAACGCUCAGAUUGACAGGCAGAUCAAACUCGUCUUUGACACGAGCAGUGAUGGAACAACUUCAACGACAGAGGCAGUUAGAAGAACAACAAUCAACAGGGACAUAACAUUAGUCUUAGAUUAUCAUUGUAGUUUU